CUUAUCUGCUCGCUGUAUUUGCUGUGAUAUGGAGAGUGUGGAAAGUCUGCUGAAAAAAUGCAGAGAAGUGAGAAAUGAAUUUGGUGUGAGAGUGCUCUUAUGUACAUAGAUUGCAGAUUCCCACCAGAACUCAUUGCUCCUGUCUUGGGCAAUCUUAUUCACUGUGUCUCUGUCCCAGUGCUUGUUUCUCUAUCUCUCGCUUCUUCUGUCUAUUUCUCUAGACCGCAACCAACAGAAGGAGGUAAAUGAUGAACUGCUGAAGAGGAUAACUGACAAUAAGGCCCAGCCCCCAGCUCGAAACUUUCGGGUGGACCGCUCAACUACAUUCAUGCCCAUCACAUUUGAUUCCCAGCCCUUUGAGGUCCAUGCUUGGCUCAAUGCAAAGGGCUUCUCUAGACCGGUGGUGGAAUGUCUUGGUAUUCUGAACGGGGCUCAACUAUUUUCCCUCAGUAAGGAUGAGCUGAAAGCUGUGUGCGGAGAUGAGGGUUCCCGUGUGUUCAGUCAGAUCACUGUGCAGAAAGCUCAAAUAGAGAGGGGUCAUGGGGAUACAGAACUGCAGGAGAUCAUGAGGCGACGACAACAGGAGGUGGAGGGCUCAACCUGGGAAUGAUUACAGUUAAUCAGGCCGUCACUCAUUGCAUUAUUUCAUCACAUUUUCUUCAAUGUUCUUGUUCACCCUACAAUCAAUAGCCACCCAGAGGAAUUCAGAACAGAUGGACUAAACAACUCCAGUCAUUAGUGAAGCCCAGUCCAGCCUAUUUCCUUUAUGACCCAUACAAUGUAGUGCUUAACGCUCGUGCUUAAACUGAUGAACAUGAAUGCAUUGGGAGUGAAGUCUUUAACCUCCAUUUAUAGAGAGGAAAAUGAUUUUGAUAGAAGGCAUUGACUUGUGAUUGGUGUUCUUAAAGGAACAGUUCAUCUAAAAAAAGAGAACAUUCUGGCACUAUUUAUUCAAUAUCAUAUCAUUUCCAAACCCAUUUGCAGUUAUUUUGACAUAGAACCUACUUUUUUUCAUAAAAGGACAAACGUGGCAAUGCAUGUCAAGUGUAAGUCAUUAUUUACUAGCUUUCAAAUCAACCAUGGAGCUGUUCAGUAAAUAAUGACAUUGAUUAAUUUUCAUUUUGGAGUAACCUAUUCCUUUAAUGUGACAUUCAAAACAAGUCCCAUCUGUUUCUGCAUAAAUAAUAAAUGGUGAAUAAUAAGAAAAAAAUUAUAUUAAGUAAUGCAGUGAAGUAUUGUAAUCUAUUAUCAUAUAUUUAA